AUGGCAGGGGCUCGCUGGGUGCCUGGGCUGCAGGCGGCGGCGCAGGCCGCGGAGGACUGCAACGCCUGGAGCUCGGGCGGCCUGCUCCUCUUCGUUCUCGGCGUCCUGGCAGGCGCUGGCGCGAUGGCGGACCACGGGGAGAGGUACCAGGUGGCUUGGCUGCGCUGCCGAGUAACCGGGCCCGCUCUGUACCAUCAAAGAUUGCUCUUGAAGCAGCUCCGGUCGUCUGGUGACAGCUGGGUGGUGCUGACGCCCGAUGGCGACAUGCACGUAGAGGAUCUAGAGGUGAACGACGACAUCCGGGAGGUGCUCUACGAGAACAUUCCUGGCGUGGAGCCCGCGCAGGUGCGGGGCCGCGGCUACAGGUUCGGCCAGAUGCCCUCGGCCGAUGGCCUCAGGAGGCUGGCGCAGCAGGCGGAGACGCUGCGGGGCCAGGGGGGCGCCGCGCGGGGGUACCGGGCUCCGGCGGAGGGCGCCGGCAGCCUGGGCGGCUUUGAGCCGGCGCCGGGGCCCCCGGGGCGCUGGGUCAUCGCCGUCGACACCGGCGAGGGCAAGGUGGGCGACUCCAUCACCGUCGCGGACGCGUCGCGGGUGUCGGGAGACACACGCAUUGGCGUGGCUCAGGUGUCGAACGGGGCCUGGGUGUUCGUGGAGCGGCUCCUUGACGGGGAGACCAAGGAGGAGUACCUCGACCGGACUGUCGCGUUCUCGGACUGGCCGCUGCCGGGGCCGCGCACCGUUGACUGGCGCGCGCGCUUCGUGGACCGCCGGGGGGGCGGCCCGGUCGACCACCACCGCUGGUGGGUCGGCCAUCUCCGCUUGCAGGGCACGGACUUCGGGGUGCAGGAGCACGAGCACGGCAUGCGGGCGUUCCAGUUCUUUGGGGAGUACGACCAGGUCGACCUCCCCAACCUGGUGGGCUUGGAGGUCACGCUCUUUCGGCGCCAGCUCAUCGAAUACCAUUACGAGAAGAAGGGCAAGGCAGCCACCGGCAAGGAGCAGGGUGCUGGGCUGUCGCGCGAGGAGGCGGCCUACUUCACUGGCUCGCACAGGCUCGGAGGUGAGGUGAUGAUCUGCCCCGAGUUGGUAGAGUGGGUUUCAAAGGAGAUCGAGAAGGACGCCAGCGUGGCGAAGCAGAUGCGAAAAGCGCGGGAGGAGGCACGCCUCUCGCGCAAGGAUGAGCCCAAGGAGUUCAACGUCAGCCGGAAGGUCAGGCGCCGCGUCGAGGCCCGCUCGCACGCCGACCAGUGGCGCGCGGACGUGGCACGCUCGUUGAAUGAGAUAGGAGGGCACCUGUGCAAGGAUACGGACGUCUGCCGCUCCAGUCGCUUCCGGCCGCGUGUGCACGACCUCGGCAUGGCCAACGUGAGAGCCAGUGUCGAGCGGUGGGGGCGGCCGCCGGCCGACCUCACCUGCCUGGGGGCCUUUGAUGAGCUCCGGGCAAACCACAGCUACGAGGGCGCGCCUGUGGCUGCGGCGCCGAUGGACAUGGGCUUGCUCAGCCUGAGCGGGGCCGGCGCUCCUGCCGACCUGGUCCAGCUGCUGCGUGAUGGCCGCUCUGAAGUCCGCGGUUGUGUAAAAGACUUUCUCUUGCCAAAGAAUCAGGCAGAUGUGCGUCUCGGCCUCGAGGGAGUGCCACGCCGCCCCUACUCUGAACCUCUGCUGCACCGGCCUCGAGAGUACGAGCGUCUCUUGGCAGUCAUGUCAAGCAAAGGAAUGAUCGAGUACUCUCUCGACGUGGUCGAGUCCCGGGAAACGCCCGAGCUGCGGCUCACGGUGUGGCCGAAGAGCUGCGCCUCGCCGGGUUGCGUGCUCACCCUGUCGAAGCGGCUCUCUGGGAAGGAUCUGGAGGUCCUCGUGGGGCACUGCGCGCACGCCUUCCUCAUGCGUCGUGAGUUGUUGUGUUGCUUCAACGCUGUGUACGCCUUCACCGCAAGGCAUCGACACGAGCGGGUGCCUCUGUGGGAUGUGGUGCGUAAAGAGCUCCGAUGGGCCUCCCACCUGGUGCGCUUCUGUUGGCGUGACCUGUCGGCUUCCGUCUGCCCCGCGGUGGCGUCGAGCGACGCGUCGGAGUGGGGGCGCGGGGUCACCGUCUUGGAGGGGGGCAAGGGCGACAUCGUAGAGGCUAUGAAGUACUCGGACAGGUGGCGCUUUCGUGACGGCUCCGGAGGGGCGCGGCCGCUGCCGGUCCAGGUGCCUCCCCCGACCCUCUCGGCCGGCGGGGCCCUGCCGCGGCGCGUGGCGCCGCCGCCGCGGGCGCGGGGGCCGGCGCGGAGUGGCCGGGCGGAGGGCCCGGCCGCCGCUCCUGCCUCUCCGCGCCGCGCGGGGAUGCCCGCGAUGGCGCCCGCGAGGCGGGCCCGCCGCAGCACGGCCAAGGCCGCGGCCGCGCGGGCGCCCGCCCGCGGGCGCUGGGCAGUGAGCGGGGCGCCGGCGGCCUUCAACCGCAUGAGUUUCUUGCAGCUGGAGAGUGUCAGCGGAAGCUACGACCUCGAGACGGCCGUGCUGGACUAUUUCGACUGCAAGUACUUCGAGGGCGUCCACUCGAGUUUAGGGAGCCGCCUGGUCUGUGCCGUUUGCUACCUGCGCCCGAAUCUCAGCCGCCAGCGCGGCGCGAGGCUGGCCCGCGUCCGGCAGGCCUUGCGGGGCUGGAGCCUGCGGUCGCCGAGCCAGUCGCGCCUGCCGACCCCGUGGGAGGUGGUUUGCCUGAUCGCGGACCUCCUGGUGCGGAAGGACCGGUGGGGCAGGGCCGCGGCGAUCGUGAUGCGCGUGAUCUUCUACCUGCGGCCCAGCGAGCUCCUGGACCUGAGGACCUGCCAGCUGGUGCCGCCGCUGGCCGCCGGCCACUCGUUCCAGCGGCGCUGGACCCUGGUGUUGCACCCGAUGGAGCUCGGGCGGCCGUCCAAGACAAAUCGCUGGGACGACUCUCGGAUCCUCGAUCUCGACGAACACCUGUUCUUCGCCCCAGCGCUGGCUCGGCUGCGCGGCCCCGGCGAGGGGUCCGAGCGAAGGCUGUUCAGCUUCGACUACCCGACGUGGGCGCGGGAGCACCGUCAGGCCGGACUGGAGCUGGGCUUGGAGGCGCUGGGCCCGCCGACCCUCUACGGCCUUCGGCGCGCAGGGGCAAGCCUGGACCACGCGCUUGGUCGCCGCACGAUGCUCGAGAUCCAGCACCGCGGGAACUGGGCGGCCGCCAACUCGACGAGGAGAUGCCAGAAGGCCGGGCGGCUGGCCGAGCAGCUUCACCUGCUCGCCCCAGGCGCGCGUCAAGCCGCGCCCCGAUGCGCUUCGCGGAUUGGCAGCAUCCUGGCCGGGCGCUCGCCUUCCUGA